AACUUCCAAUCUCGGAUCACAGGCCAUCGUAAUUUUUCUCUACCGCCGAGAGAGAGGAGCAGUUCGUCUCGUCACGACAUCGCAGAGAGAGAGAGAAGAGAGAGAGAAUGUCGGGUAUGGUGGGUGAUCCGAGCUCGUGGGCUGCGGCGUUGGUGAAGAUCUCGCCUUACACUUUUUCCGCCAUCGGAAUCGCCAUCUCGAUCGGUGUCUCCGUCCUUGGCGCCGCAUGGGGAAUUUACAUUACGGGAAGUAGUUUGAUCGGUGCGGCUAUCGAGGCUCCUCGUAUCACUUCGAAGAAUCUCAUCAGCGUAAUCUUUUGCGAAGCCGUGGCUAUAUAUGGUGUUAUUGUAGCAAUCAUUCUGCAAACGAAGCUGGAGAGUGUCCCAUCAUCAAGGAUGUAUGAUGCAGAGUCUCUUAGAGCCGGAUAUGCAAUCUUUGCUUCUGGGAUUAUAGUUGGAUUUGGAAACCUUGUUUGUGGAUUAUGCGUAGGAAUCAUCGGAAGCAGCUGUGCGUUAUCUGAUGCCCAGAACUCGUCCCUUUUCGUGAAGAUCCUUGUGAUCGAGAUCUUCGGGAGUGCUCUCGGGUUGUUUGGAGUUAUUGUGGGGAUUAUUAUGUCAGCACAAGCGACUUGGCCUGCAAAAGCAUGAGGGAUAAUGGACAUACUGGGAAGAUGCUUGAUGAAACAUCUGCAUCAUGUUUACCUUUCCCUGUUAUAUAAGAAACCAUGUGUGGGAAAGAAACCAUGUUGAAUCCCUAAUUUUUGUAUUGUUUUAAAGUCCUUAAUAAGUCCCAUUGGAGAAUGUCUUUGUCUU